AUGAGCUUUGAUAUAUGUGUGAUAUUGGCCAUUCUUUUGGUUGUUUUGGUCAAUUUGGUUGUUGUGUUGAAGAAGAGAAGAUUACUAGUAAAGGCAGGUGCUCGAUGUUUACUUGUUGUGGCUCAUCCCGAUGAUGAAUGCAUGUUCUUUGGGCCGACGAUUGUUUCCUUGUUGGCACAGCAAUGCAAAGUGUAUAUAUUAUGCGUUUCAACCGGGGAUUGUUAUGGUAAGGUGGUUUAUUUUUGCAAUAUUGUUUUAGUUGGUCUAUAAGGGGGAUUGGGAAGAAACAAAGCUAAUAUAAAUGUUUACACUGUGAAUUUUGAUUUUAAUUUUAAAAAGUGUUUUGUAGAGACUAUAGUUAAAAUAACUUUGUAAACAAUGUGUCAAAUUAAUGUUUUUAGGCCAAGGAACCAUUCGGAAGCAAGAAAUGUUCAAUGCUUGUGAAAGCAUAGGGAUAUCUAGGUCUGAUGUCACUGUAAUGGACAUAGAUGACAUGAAAGACGGGAUGAAGACGAAAUGGGAAACAGAAAAGCUUGCCAGGAUAGUUUUGCAGUAUAUGGAACGUCUGGAUGCCAAAGUUGUGAUAACUUUUGACGAAUCUGGAACCAGCAAACAUCCCAACCACAUUUCCUGCUUCAUGGCUCUACAAUAUUUAUAUACGAAUGGCUGGAUCCCCUCAGGCACUCAAGUAUUUGUUUUGGAAACAGUUCGUGUUCUCAGGAAGUAUAUUGGGAUUCUGGAUUUGGUCCCUUCGCAUCUUACCUCUACCUUCCUCUGUCUUUCGGGUCCUUUGGCCGCGUGGAAAGGAAUGAAGGCCCACAAGUCCCAGCUGGUCUGGUUCAGAUACCUCUACCUAGUCUUCAGUCGCUACGUGGUUAUAAAUUCGUUGAAACGGAUAUCAUUACAUCGGUACUGUAUUAAAAAGAGAAAGUAA